CGUCAUCCUGAAGCAUCUGCUUGCCAAUCGUAGACCUGAUGUAUCCUGCUUCAAUCGCAUUCCCCUCCCUUCCUACGGUAAAGGCACACAUAGAGGCAACGUAAUCGGUCGCGAUUGAGGACAUCAGCCUUCCAGCCCAUCAGAGAAAAGUUUGAUUGCAUCAUGGGUAACGAUGGAGGAUCGAUCCCCAAAAGGGACGACUUGGUCAAGGUAAAAGCGGCUCUUUCCACUCUACCACCUUCGCUCCUAGCGAAAGCUCUGUGGACGACCUGCGCGUUGUCGCGCCGACCAUUCCGAGAGCCUGUGGUGGCGGAUGCGCUGGGACAUAUAUUCAACAAGGAGAGUGUGGUCCAGUAUCUGCUAACGCGAAGCGAAAGGGGCAAAGAGAGCGCCAAAGUGGUCGCGUUGGAGGAGGACAUCGUUGCGGGCCAUCUACGAGGCCUCAAGGACGUGGUGCAGCUCCGGCUUCGUCGCAAUCCAGCGCACCAACAAGAGGCAGCCUCCGGCGCAGACGUGACCUCGCUCGACUCGGCAACGUACCCUUUCCUGUGCCCGCUGACAGGGAAAGAGCUCAGCGGCAAGUACCGCUGCGUCUACCUCCGCGCGUGUGGCUGCGCUUUCGUCGAGUCUGGCCUCCGUGCCAUCUGCGCCGAGUCAUCCGAGUCGACAAGGACAGACGCCAUGCGACAGUGUCCCAACUGCGCAACAGACUUCCGCGCAGGCUCCUCGCUCAGUAAGGGGAAGCCCUUAGACGUCGCCGAGGGGGAUAGCGACGUGCUGCUGCUCAAUCCAGGGGAGAAAGAGCGCGAAAAGAUGAGGGAGCAUGUCGCAGCCGCGCGCCAAGCAGAAAUGGCCGCCAAGAAACUAAAGAACGCGUCUUCUAACGACGAGCGGCGACAGAAAGCAGAGCCGGAGGAGGACGCCGAAGCAAUUACAGCCAAGCGGAAAAGAAAAGCGGAGAAGAAGGCACUGCGCGAGGAACAAAUCAAAGCCUUGCAAGCUGAGCUCGCAGCGCAAGAGGAAGGCCCCACACUGCUGCAUCCAGCUGUAAAGCGUCAGAAAACGGAUGGUGCCGGUUUGACUGCGGCACGAGUGGCCGGGCAGGCAAAGCAAGCAGCGCAGGCGAAGGCUAUCACGCCUGCCAUCGCAAGCGUAUACGGACGCGGUCCCAAGAAGCCCCUCCACUAA